AUGUCGUCCCAAAGAGAAUCAUACCAAUUGCCAUCGCAGUCUACCAAUUAUACCGCCUUCGCAACGGGUUACGCCGCAGGUGAAGGCUCGAGCGGUCCCACUGUUCAAUAUGUGUGCGGUGAAUGCGCAGCCAAAGUCAGUCUAGCAAAAGGUGAUGCCAUUCGAUGCAGCAUGUGCGGUCACCGAGUCCUUUACAAGGAGAGAACCAAGAGAAUGGUUCAGGUCGAAUGUCGAUAG